CUCAUUGGUCAAGCUCCAGUUGGUGGGUCACAUGUUCGUGCUUCCCUUUUUAGAUUCACUUCCGCACUACACUGCUGUCUGCAGCCUGUUAGCCUCAUCCAUGAUGUUCAGCAUUUCUGGUAAAGGCUCCAUCGUCGUGUGGAAUUUGGUGAUUCAGUUGGUGAUGUGUGGGAGGACGGUGUUCGCCUCCAGCGACACAAAGUCCUGCAAACUGGUGUCUGAGUCCGAAUCUGAAAGGAAGGUUCUCAGUCGACUAGAAGGUCUCGCCCACAAGAACUUCACAGUAGAGCACAACAUUGGAAAAGAGAGUUACACAUACGUAUUCCAGCUGUGUGGGGAUGCAGGGGGUGUCAAAGGAGCUGGGGUCAUUCAGCUGGAUAAGAAAAAUCCCAACAAACCAACAGUGGUUGGCAUGUACACUGACACACAAGCCAUUGGAGGAAGUGACUGGGUGAUGCUGAUCUACCGUAGUGGUGAAGCUUACGACCAACACUGCUCCCAAGAGAAGAGAAAAGCCUAUAUUAUGAUCUCUUGCAACAGGAAUACAGACAUGGGUCAGCUUGAAGUGGUUGUGGAGGACCGGAACAGGUCGACUGACUGUUUUUACCUGUUUGAGCUGGACUCCAGUACUGUGUGUCCAGCCAUUGAGUCCCACCUUAGCCCUGGAUCCAUAAUCCUCAUCAUUGCCUUUGUGCUUUUGGCUCUCUACCUUGUUGGAGGUUUCCUCUAUCAGCGGCUGAUCGUUGGAGCCAAAGGAAUGGAGCAGUUCCCCAACUAUGCUUUUUGGGUGGAAGUUGGCAACCUGGCAGCAGAUGGCUGCGACUUCGUAUGUCGGUCUCAAAAUCGAGAGCAAGCUCCAGCUUACAGAGGAGUGACCACCGAGCCGCUGGAGGAAGAACCAGACGAGAGAGAUGACCAUUUACUGCCUAUGUGACCUCAGAAUGUCAUUAAAAGAACAGACGUUUUCACUGUGUGGCGCAAAUUACUCAUUUGUAGCUGGGAUGCCGUUUCUGGUACUCAAGUCUGUUACCUUUGACCUGCUUUCUGUCAGUUAUUGUUGACACCUCCAGUGUAUUCUAGACUACUGUACUCUUUCUCAACAUUGGGUUUAAAACUGAAAAAUUCCCCUUUUUUUCAUCAUUUUGUAAACAUUUCAGCUUUUUGAUGUACAAGUGAGAGUUUCGCCCAAGUUUAGAAAAUGUCUGUGAAAAAACAUAGAAUUCAAUAAGUUGAAAAUGAGCGCGAUGGAAACUAUGUUUGUAUAUUUUAUAAUAAAUUUCAGUAAGAUAUUAAUUUUGAGGUAAGAUUUGCUUCGAGUUAUGCUGCAUGAAGGUUUUUUUGGUCUUUGGCGUUCUAUACUUUUUGUGUUUUGCAGUUGGAUAUCUGAUGACUGUGAAUAUUUUCUUCAGAGGUUCAGCUUUGUGGCGCAAGCAGAGAUUUACUGCAAAAAGACAGCUUUCAACGUUUUUCUGUUGCAAACCUUUUCAUUUCAUUGCAAAACUAUGUAAAAAUUGAGUUGAAAAGGGUAUAACUUUUUCAUAUUCUGUCUACUUUUUAAAAAAAAGGUCAGCGAUUGCCUUUUAUAUCAAUCAUUUCUAUUUAGUCAUGAGCAAUCCGGAGUUUCACAAUGAGAAUCCAGAAAAACAAACUUCUGUUUAAUAUUUUAUUAAUUUAAGGUUAAUUCUAUGUGGUUUUCUCAAUUUUUGAUCUAAGAAUUUAAGUGCAGUUGGAUUUGUUCUGAUGAUUUUGUAGUGGUCAAACACUCACCUGCUUUACUGUAAUGAAUAACUGACCCAAAGAACAAAAGGUAAUAGUGCUUUUUGAGGAAACUUCUCUGUUUGGUUUUGCGUUUGAAAAAACAUUCAGCUGCUUUAAAGCUUUAUUUUCUUGAAAAACACCUCGAGUGGCAGCAAUUGCACUUUUUUUCUCCUCUUACCUGAUAUAAAGUUUGAAAUAAGUGUAGGAGCUACUGUAUAUAUACGUUUUCCUGAGUUAUUACGCAGUUAGAUCUGAACAGAUGAGACUUUGAUUUCUGCAGAAAACCUUUCUGUGAAUGAAUUGAUGCAGCUGCAUUUAUGUUCUCUGGUUUGAUUCUAGGAUGUUCUGUUUUUUCUAACCCGUUAUUUUCUUGCUCCAGGGUUACUCAGUUAAAACAGUUGCAGCAUUUUUGAGGGGAAUGGAAAAGCAGCCUGUUUGCUUUGAGUGUGGCAGUAAUUUUUGGCUUUAAACUGAUUUCUGUUGGCUUUUUGAAUCCAAUAAAAGAUCUAAAACCUGUUUGUUCA